AUGUUAUUUCACGUAGAAAUUAAUAUAGUACUCACUGCAUUUUCAUCAUCAUCAUCAUCAUCAUCAUCAUCAUCAUCAUCAUCAUCAUCAUCAUCAUCAUCAUCAUCAUCAUCAUCAUCAUCAUCAUCAUCAUCAUCAUCAUCAUCAUCAUCAUCAUCAUCAUCAUCAUCAUCAUCAUCAUCAUCAUCAUCAUCAUCAUCAUCAUCAUCAUCAUCAUCAUCAUCAUCAUCAUCAUCAUCAUCAUCAUCAUCAUCAUCAUCAUCAUCAUCAUCAUCAUCAUCAUCAUCAUCAUCAUCAUCAUCAUCAUCAUCAUCAUCAUCAUCAUCAUCAUCAUCAUCAUCAUCAUCAUCAUCAUCAUCAUCAUCAUCAUCAUCAUCAUCAUCAUCAUCAUCAUCAUCAUCAUCAUCAUCAUCAUCAUCAUCAUCAUCAUCAUCAUCAUCAUCAUCAUCAUCAUCAUCAUCAUCAUCAUCAUCAUCAUCAUCAUCAUCAUCAUCAUCAUCAUCAUCAUCAUCAUCAUCAUCAUCAUCAUCAUCAUCAUCAUCAUCAUCAUCAUCAUCAUCAUCAUCAUCAUCAUCAUCAUCAUCAUCAUCAUCAUCAUCAUCAUCAUCAUCAUCAUCAUCAUCAUCAUCAUCAUCAUCAUCAUCAUCAUCAUCAUCAUCAUCAUCAUCAUCAUCAUCAUCAUCAUCAUCAUCAUCAUCAUCAUCAUCAUCAUCAUCAUCAUCAUCAUCAUCAUCAUCAUCAUCAUCAUCAUCAUCAUCAUCAUCAUCAUCAUCAUCAUCAUCAUCAUCAUCAUCAUCAUCAUCAUCAUCAUCAUCAUCAUCAUCAUCAUCAUCAUCAUCAUCAUCAUCAUAG